AUGGACCUACCCCAGGUCGACUUGUUCCGCAAUGCUCAAACGCAGAAUUCGUACCAUGAGUUCUGGUGGUUCGGCAAACUUGGAAAUGGAACCCAGAUUGAGCUUGGCAACUACACCAUGCGCUUUGCCACACUCAAGCCUUUUGGAAACCCUAAAGCUGCUGACAAUUGGGAUGUGUUCCAAACUCCGCAGAUUCAGGUUACGGGCAAGUACGAGAGGCGAGGAUGA